AUGGGAGGCGGAGAUCUCAACUUGAAAAAGUCCUUCCACCCCGGACUUAUGCGCAACCAAGUCCGGGUUGCUGAGGAAGAAGCAAAAGCUCUAGCAGAGAAAAAGAAGACCGACCAGCGACUGAAAGAAAUCCAAGAAGAGCGACAGAAAGAAGAACUACAACGACAGCUUGAAGCAGCCGGCGGAAAGAAACGAGUCGAUCGCGUAGAAUGGAUGUACCAAGGCCCUACCGAUGGACAAAAUGGAACGACGGAAGAACUCGAGGGGUUCCUACUAGGCAAGCGGCGGAUAGACAACCUUCUCAAAGGCAACGAGCAACAGAAACUCGAGAAACAAGCUGGACAAGCCAGCUUCAUGGCCCUUCAAAACGCAAACACCGACCGGGAUACCGCCAUGAAGAUUAGGGAGGAUCCAUUGCUCGCCAUGAAGAGAAAGGAGCAAGAACACUAUGCGGCCAUGAUGAAGGACCCCGCGAGACAACGCCAACUGUUGGCCAUGAUGGGCAAAUCUGAGGAGAAGUCUUCGAGACGGGAAGACCGACACGAAAGGCGGCAUCGGCAUAGGCAUCGUUCACAGUCGAGAGAUCGCGACCAUCGUCACCGGCGCCAUCGUCGAUCAGACUCCCGAGACCGCGACGAUGAUAGGGAUCGCGAGCGCCGGCAUCGACACCGUCGCUCAGACUCGGAAGACCGAACACCCAGAUCCAGAAGCCCACGCACAUCCAGGACGGAGGAAGACAGAUACAAGAGCAAGCGCGACUAUUCGGAGGAGAGGUCGAGCAUUGGGCGGCGCAGGAAUGAUGCUGAUGAGGAUCGUCGAGACGCCAGGGACAACUCUGGGCGAAGGCGAGACGAGACGCGCGACAGAGAAGAUGGCUACGAUCGAAGCAGACGCAGGGACGAUUAUCGGGAUAAUCGCAAUGGAAAUGAAAGACGACCUCGAGGCCAACAGAGAAAUGGAUAUCAAAAUGGCAGAGACUCAAACAGAAAUGGAGGAGGUUACGGCGGCAAACCCGACGAUUCAUCUGCCCAAGAAGAACGGGCACGAAAACUCGCGGCAAUGCAAGCAGACGCUACGGAGCUCGACAAGGAUAGAGAGGAACGACUGGCAGCCUUGGAACAACGGGAUCGUCUGGCACACGAGGCGGACAACAAAGCCCGUGAGCGCUCUGGGAAAUAUGGAGAUCAGGAGUUUGUGAAUGGAUUACGGAAACAGGCUUUGAACCUCUAA